UCUUGGCAGCACCAUGAAGUCAAGGGGCCUCUUUCUCCUCCUGGGGCUCUUUACCCUCUGGACAGCGCUACAGGGGGCACCAACAGAAAGGAUCCCUGCCACAGGUUCUUCUCUCCAUGGCGAUGUGCCCAGUGAAAUACUUGUGUCCAUUGGAAAACCUGGAUCUGAUGAAAAACCUGUGUCUGGUGGAGAAGAUGAUGAUGAUGGGAGGGAUGAAGACUCCAACCUGAGGAAUUACAGCUCGGCUGGGGCUCAUACCUUUAAUGUGGGAGAUGGGUCUGAUGUGAGGAAUGCUGACUUUCCUACGGCUGAUGACUUUGCUGGGGGAGAUGGGUCUGAUGUGAGGAAUGCUGACUUGGUUGGGGCUAAUGACUUUGCCAGGGGAGAUGGGUCUGACGGGAGCAAUAGUGACUUUGCCGGGGCUGAUGACUUUGCCGGGGGAGAUGAGGACGCUGACCUGAGCGAGGAUGACUUUGCCGGGGACGAUGAGGACGCUGACCUGAGCGAGGAUGACUUUGCCGGGGGAGAUGAGGGCGCUGACCUGAGCGAGGAUGACUUUGCCGGGGACGAUGAGGGCGCUGACCUGAGCGAGGAUGACUUUGCCGGGGACGAUGAGGACGCUGACCUGAGCGAGGAUGACUUUGCCGGGGGAGAUGAUGGCGCUGACCUGAGCGAGGAUGACUUUGCCGGGGGAGAUGAGGACGCUGACCUGAGCGAGGAUGACUUUGCCGGGGGAGAUGAGGACGCUGACCUGAGUGAGGAUGACUUUGCCAGAGAAGAUGAUGAUUCUUUCCUGAGGGAUGGAGGCUCUGAAGGGGCUGAAGACUGUGAUAAGUGAGGUGAUGAUUCUGACCUCUGGGAUGGUGGCUCUAAACAGCUGAUGGUUUGGAAACUUUUUGAUAUCAGAUCAGCCUCCAAAUACAUUCCUGGCAACCAAAGCCUCUCUUUCCUGUUUGACUUUUUCCAGCUCUCCCUUCUCUUUUACUAGUGAUUGCAUAGGAACAUGCUGCCUCAUUGAAUGACAAGAUUACUGCUCCGGAAUCACUCUCUCUGGGUGAAGGAAAUCAAUGUUCAGGGAUCUUUGCUCCCUGGCCUGAGUAGCGUGCAAGGGGACGUUGGAGUUCUCUCUCCCAGCUCUUACUCUAAGCUCAUCACCCUACUGUCUGAGCACUUUGAUUCAGCUUUCAGCUCAUUUUUUCUUGAGAUAUAUUUUCUCUCUUAUUAAAUCUUUCCUGAUGGGUUAGCCAGCCCCUGGCAUUGAUGUUCUCCAUUCCUAGCAGUGUCCAGGUUCAGGCCAGUUCUUCUCAGGUACCUGUCCCAUCGCAUGGUGCACCAGAGCCAUUCCCUCUGGACACCUUCCUCACGAGGACUCACCAGUUCAGGCCGGUACAGCACUUAGUAAAUGUGUAACUGUAACUAUUAGAAUGUAGGGGAAGGAAUUGUGUGUAGGGCUGUAGGGGCUGAUUCUCCACGUCACCAGCCCAGUGCUGGGUGCAGUUGUAGGCUGCCUGAUUUCCAUGAACAAGUAUUGAGGAUACACCUUCAAGCUGUGUAUUUGGUCAACUGGGUGUUCAAACAGCCCCCCAUGCAGGCUAAUCCGCACGUUGCAUGGACAGGCAUCGUAAUGGUGCCUGCAGAUUAGAGACACAGUUAUGCAGGUGCUGGGCUAGUGUCCUUGGGGAGUUAGGCCGGGCGUGUGUUCUACACCAGGGAACACAAAGAGCCGGGCUUUGUAAAAACCCUUCUUGUUUUCACCGUUCUCUUCCGAGGAGUAAGAAGUCCCCUCCCCUGUAACGCUGUUGUUAACGGAGCUGUGUGUUUCUCUCUGCUGCUUUGCCCACCAUUCUGCGUGUAGCUGGGUGCCCGAGCCACCUUCCUGUCUGGUUGACGCAGCGUGUUCUCUGCCACGUGAUGUGCACUGGGAGUUGGCUUGGUCUCUUUCUUUUAGAAAUGAAAGCCUCUCUUCAAUAAAU